AAAAAAACUCUAUCUUUCCAUCCCGCAAACAAUAACCCGCAACUAAAUAGCGCUAAAACACUCGCGUCACGCACCGACGUCAACGGAGACGUGUCACCGGCGGCGAGAAGACCCAGAACCUUCUAGAGUUUUCCGGCCGCAAUGGAUCUCUGGGAGAGGGCCCGGGCCUUCGCCGGCGAGGCGGCCAAGCGGUCGCAGGAGCUGUCGGCGGAGGCGGCCAAGCGUUCGUCGGCGCUGGUCACGGAGACGGCGAAGAAGUCCAAGGAGAUCUUCUCGGAGACCGCCUCCAAGUCGCGGGAUAUCGCCGCCGAGGCCACCAAGCAGGCCGACCUCCUCGCCGGGCAGAUCAAGCACCUCGCCUCCGACCUCCCCGUGCCCUCGAUCCCGCCCAUCCCCUCCGCCGUGGCGCCGGAGCCCGACGCCGCCGAGCUCGAGCGCUACGGCAUCGCCAACGACCUCCGCGACUUCGUCAAGGGCAUGACCAUAAACACCUUCCGCGACUUCCCCUUGCAAGAUGAGCCGGUGAUGUCGGAUGUGCCCACGGUGUCGAAUGUGCGUCAGGAUCUGAAUGAGUGGCAGGCCAGGCAUGCCACACUCGUCCUCUCGGCCGUCAAGGAAAUUUCAAAGUUCAGAUAUGAGCUAUGCCCAAGAUACAUGAAAGAGCGUAAAUUUUGGCGGAUUUAUUUUUUGCUAGUAAACAAUUACAUAGCCCUUUUUGAGAAGAAAUAUUUUGACGAGCUGAAAGUGAAAGCAGAGGAGGAAAAAAAGGAUCCCCAGAAGGAAGUAUCCCAGACCACAGAAGCUACAACUGCAGAAGAGAAAGACACAAAAGUGCCAAGCAAGACUUCUACUUCAACAAAUCCGGAGCAUGAUCUGGAUGUAUUUCUUCUGGGAGAUCUGGGCAGUGACGAUGAGGGUCCUGAUGGUGGUGGUGAUGGGCUAGAUGAUGACUUUGAUAAGAUUGACAGUACCUCAGGAUUGGAGAGUGAUGACAAUGAGAAAAAUCCAGCAGCAGGAAAGGCAGAAGAUACAAAGUAGCAGCCACAGAUCAGUUGGUAAGAGUACGCUAUGCUUUCCCAACUCGAGAGACGAUGACGAUGACACGGAACAUUAGAAUUCCAGAUGCAUGCCGUCUAUUCAUUUGUUAUCCUUAUCCCACGAUGAAGCAAUAUUAUGCCUAUUGCAAUUUUUUAUUUUGAUUAAACUCCCGAAAUCUGUACCACUGUUGUGACCCUUUUUGUAGUCUGUUAUGAAGGUGUUCUGCAUAUGAUGACAUUCUUUAUAGGCAUAAGGAAUGUGCAAUGAAAUUUAGCCCCAAAUGACUUAUCGUGUGCAAUGAAAUUCUCAGGACGCGCAA